AUGAAGCUAAUUAACUUAACGGUAGCUCUUAUUUCUGCCGUUGCUUCUGCAUAUGCAGAUUUUCCCACUCUUGGAGGCAAUGCUAGUGCAUGUGCACCAACAGGAACUGGGGCCCUAGGGUUUAAUGCCAAAUUUUAUACUUACACUUAUGACGACGAUACCUCACUGAGAGAGAUCUCUUGGUACCAAGAAGGAUACAAGACUGAGGUAUUCCAACAGAUGUCUGGUAUCACAGAUAUAUAUCUUUUUAGCGAUGCCAGCAGUGAUCCUCAGGCAACCAUGUUGGUCUACGGCACUCCAGUGCCUCAAAACUUUGCAUUAGAACUCACUGGGUACUAUUUGGCCACCGAAACUGGAAGUCACGACAUCGAGUUAGUGGUUGACGAUGGUGCAAUGGUGACGUUUGGAGAUGGGCAAGCAUUUGAAUGUUGUAAUACUGGAAACAAGGAUCCUACGGCAGGGUAUAGUUUGUACGCACAUUGGCCAUCGUGGAGUGGAGAGCCUGGUAAAACGAUUGUCUCGUAUCGUCUUACUGAAGGUUAUUACUAUCCAAUUAAGAUUGUCUACGUUAAUAUGGCUGGUCCUGCAGAAUUAAAGCUUUCUGUUAAGACUCCCAGUGGCCAAAAGAUAACGAAUUUUGAAAAUGUGUAUUCGUUUGUCAAUGCCCCGCAACCAUGUCCUGCUCGAAUUGUUACGACUACUAUCCCAUGGACCAACACAUUCACCCUGACCCUGACGAUAAAGGGUAGUGGAUCAGUUACCACCGACACUAUAGAGAUUUUAACUCCACUGCGAGCAACUACUACUACUGAUUCAUGGACUGGAACUUACACCUCCACGAGAACAGUUACUCCAUCAGAUUCGGAUGGUACUACCACUAUUGAGAUCUACACUCCACCACACGUAACCACAACAACUGACUCAUGGACUGGAACUUACACCUCAACGAGAACAGUUACUCCAUCAGAUUCGGAUGGUACUACCACUAUUGAGAUCUACACUCCACCACACGUAACCACAACAACUGACUCAUGGACUGGAACUUACACCUCAACGAGAACAGUUACCCCAUCCAACUCCGAUGGUACUACCACUAUUGAGAUCUACACUCCACCACACGUAACCACAACAACUGAUUCGUGGACUGGAACUUACACCUCAACGAGAACAGUUACUCCAUCCAACUCCGAUGGUACUACCACUAUUGAGAUCUACACUCCACCACACUCCACCACAAAAACUGCUUCGUGGACUGGAACUUACACCUCAACGAGAACAGUUACUCCAUCAGAUUCGGAUGGUACUACCACUAUUGAGAUCUACACUCCACCACACGUAACCACAACAACUGACUCAUGGACUGGAACUUACACCUCAACGAGAACAGUUACUCCAUCAGAUUCGGAUGGUACUACCACUAUUGAGAUCUACACUCCACCACACGUAACCACAACAACUGACUCAUGGACUGGAACUUACACCUCAACGAGAACAGUUACCCCAUCCAACUCCGAUGGUACUACCACUAUUGAGAUCUACACUCCACCACACUCCACCACAAAAACUGACUCGUGGACUGGAACUUACACCUCAACGAGAACAGUUACUCCAUCAGAUUCGGAUGGUACUACCACUAUUGAGAUCUACACUCCACCACACGUAACCACAACAACUGACUCAUGGACUGGAACUUACACCUCAACGAGAACAGUUACUCCAUCCAACUCCGAUGGUACUACCACUAUUGAGAUCUACACUCCACCACACGUAACCACAACAACUGACUCAUGGACUGGAACUUACACCUCAACGAGAACAGUUACUCCAUCAGAUUCGGAUGGUACUACCACUAUUGAGAUCUACACUCCACCACACGUAACCACAACAACUGACUCAUGGACUGGAACUUACACCUCAACGAGAACAGUUACUCCAUCCAACUCCGAUGGUACUACCACUAUUGAGAUCUACACUCCACCACACGUAACCACAACAACUGACUCAUGGACUGGAACUUACACCUCAACGAGAACAGUUACUCCAUCAGAUUCGGAUGGUACUACCACUAUUGAGAUCUACACUCCACCACACUCCACCACAAAAACUGCUUCGUGGACUGGAACUUACACCUCAACGAGAACAGUUACCCCAUCCAACUCGGAUGGUACCACCACCAUUGAGAUCUACACCCCAACAUCUAUCUCAAUAACUGCGUCUGCGUCUGUUAGUACUUCAUCUGUGGUAUCUUCAAAAACGGAACCUUCUUCUGCUGACUCAAGUAGUCAAAGUUGGACCUUCUCUUGGCAUAACUCAACGUACCCGACAGUUACAGCAUCCAGUAGUGUUUUAUCAAGUUCAUCAAAUUCAAUUCCUGUUGAAACAGCCUCAGUUACUGAAACAUUAUCUGCUGGAAGUUCAUCCAUCCCGACUUCGGAUGUUGUGGAGUCUUCAUCCAUUGAGUCUUCAGCUACUCUUACUUCAGUCAUUGAAUCAUCUUCUGUGAAAUCUUCAGAAUCUUCUAUCUCCACUAUUACCGAUAUUUCAACCACUGUAAUAACAGUUACAUCUUGUGAUGAUAAUAAAUGUACAGAGAUACCCGUAACUACUGGGCAGACAAUUGUUACCGUAACCGAUAAUGAUUCCGUCACUUCAUACACAACAUAUUGUCCGAUCCCAUCGAAAACUGGUUCCAAUCAUGAAACUACUUCAACUAAACAAUUGACUACAGUUGUGACAGUGACAUCUUGCGAUGAUCAAAAAUGCAAUGAAGUUCCCGUAACUACGGGCCUCACAAUUGUUACUGUGACAGUCGAUAAUGUUGUAACGUCUUAUACAACCUUCUGUCCUCUUACUGAGAAUGAGACCAAUCCAUUGACUUCAAUCCCAGCCGUCACUACUUUACCCCAUUCUAUCAUUCCCACGAUAGUUCCAUCAGGUGCUCAAACUGAAGACCAACUAGUAUGGGAACACCUGUCGAUUAUCUGUACUGAGGGAGAAUGCAAUUCAGGUCAGAAGUCAAACUCUCAAGAAUUUUCCUCUUCUCCUGUUACCACUGGCUUAUCUUUGACGACCGACUUUUCGUCACAGACUACAUCACCGGUUACAAGUUCUAAUCCUACACCUACUAUCACAACCGGUGGAUCUGCUACCAAUAGAUUACCAUUUGUGACAAUUAUGGCUUCAGCAUUUCUUACCUUUAUUUUGAUAUAG